UCAAACAAGAAAUCCUGUUAAUGGUGUGUCAUUCAACCUGAUCGGCUCGGAUUAUCAAUUGGAAGGUCGCGUUCAACAUGCCGUAAAAGCAUUGUAAAGCUGGUAUAGGGGUCAUCUCUUCCUUGAUUACGCAGUCACAAGACUUUAUUGUUGAUCUUGAACUAGCUAGCUUACCGCCGCCAACCAUCCGCGCCUUUGCUUGAAGGCCAAAUACUUUAAGCGAUAGAACAUGGGACGUAGACGCUGGAAUAAGAAGCACCCGGAGAAGGCCGCCGAACAACGGCAGCAGCAGCUGCGUCAGGAUGCCGGCGACCCGCCCGUGAGGUUGCUCGCCCUGCAGCCCAACAGCACAACUGUUGCGGUGGCCAUUGGCACUCGGUUGGCUGUGGUUGACUACAAGACCGGUUGCGAAUACACGCUCUCAGCACCGCCCCAAGCCGGACAACCCCAAUGUCAGCCGCAUGCCGGGUGCUUGCGAGUCCUGCUGUUCAGCCCAGACGGCCGGUGCUUGCUGACGGGCGGAGAUGACAAGUCAGCUCGCCUUUGGCUUGCGGAAGCUGAAACGGCGCGCACUUCGGAAGCGGAAGCGCCGGCUGCCGGUGCUGACGUCAGCGCCGGCUCCGCAACUGCCAACUGGUGCUGCGCGAACGCCUGGCUCACGCCUAAAAAGAUGAGCGCCGGGGGCUUUACUCGGGAUGGCUCUUACGCCAUGUUUGCGGAUAAGUUUGGAGACGUGCUCAUAGGACGAGUUGCGCUGCCGGCGCCAGGCACGGAGCAGCAGCCGGAGCCCCAGCAGCUGCAGCUGCAGACCCCUGGGUCACUGUUGGGUCACUUUUGCACCAUUGUAACCGGUGUGGCUGCGUCGCCUUGCGGCCGCUACUUGGCUACCAGCGAUAAGGACUUCAAGGUCCGCGUCAGUGUGCUGCCCUCGGAGCCGCUCCAGGGCUCGUACGAGAUCCAGUGCUACUGCCUCGGACACCAGGACUUUGUAUCCUGCGUCGCCUUCGCAGCACCUGCCGUACGCUCGGCCGAUGGACAGCAGCAGCAGCAGCCACAAGGGGGCGCUGUGCUGUUGUCUGGUAGUGGUGACGGUACGGUACGAAUGUGGGAUCAUGUGACUGGCCGGCAGCUCGCUUCCUACGUGGCGUCAGCGCCGGCGGCGGCGGCAGGUGGCGGAGCUGAGGGCGGGGGCUCUGGCGGCGCGGAGGAAGAGCCCAGCGGAGCGGGCGAGGAGGGCGAGGAGGAGGGCGACGGCGAGGAGGAGGGUGCGGAGGAAGGACCCGCCGGCGCGGGUCAGGGGGAUGCGGACGGUGUGGAGCCGCAGCGGCGCAGCAAAGCGCCCCCCUGCGCCUCCGUGCUCAGCCUGGCGGUCUCUGCGGACGGGAGCACUGUGGCAGUGGUGGUGGAAGGCGAGGAUGAGGUGCAGCUGCUGUCCCUGGACUGGGAGAAGCGCGCGCUCACGCUGCAGCAGCGGCUGCGGUGGCCGGACGUGCGGUACCCCUGUCAGGUGGCCUUUGGACCCACGGGUCACCUGUGGGUCGUGGGCGGCGUGCCCCUGCCGACGGCACGGUCCGUCCACGUGGGCGUGGCGCAGCGCGGACCCACGGGUCACUUCACGCCCUGCACGGAUGAGGUUCUAUCCACACGUGUGCGCAGCCUGCUGGAGGCUCGUGUGGAGGAGGAGGAGGCCAAGAUGGCUGAGGGCGGCGAGCUCUUCCUCUACUCUAAGCACCUGCGGAAGCCCGUGUACGACGAGUCCGAGGCGCUGACACGCAAGCGCAUGCGCAACGACCACAAGGAGACGCAGCGGCUGGCGGCCCUGCGGUUGCGGCAGGACGAAAAGGCCAAG